AUGUCACGUCCCUACCUGCCGAUGUCACGUCCCCGCCUGCCGAUGUCACGCCCCCGCCUGCCGAUGUCACGUUCCUGCCUGCCUGCCGAAGUCACGUUCCUGCCUGUCGAUGUCACGUUCCUGCCUGCUGAUGUCACGUCCCUGCCUGCCGAUGUCACGUCCCCGCCUGCCGAUGUCACACCCCCGCCUGUCGAUGUCACGUCCCCGCCUGCCGAUGUCACGUCCCCGCCUGCCGAUGUCACACCCCCGCCUGUCGAUGUCACGUCCCCGCCUGCCGAUGUCACGUCCCCGCCUGCCGAUGUCACGUCCCCGCCUGCCGAUGUCACCUGGCGGACGCUCCCAGCGGUCUCAUGCGAGCUGGCCUGCGUCACGGAUGACGCCAGCUUUGCGUCAUCUGUGACGCAAGAUGACUGCAAGUUGCCAUAG